CUACUUGGUCGUCCGCCUCCUCGCCCAGUUCGAGUUUUAUUUACCAAUUGACACAGUCAAUUGUUUUGCGUGUAGUUUUGUUAGAUAGAAGAAAUUAUUGGCAGAAAUAGAAAAAAUAAGAAAUGGCUGCUGUAGAACGUUUUGAUAUUGAAAAAGUAACGCAAGUUUUUCAAGACUGCUUGCAUGAAGAAGAUGACAUUACAAUGGAUGAAUAUUUAAAAGGCUACGAAGAAAUUAACAAGUUUUUCACCUUAAUUGGAAGUGUAUUCGGAUUUGUUAGCAGCGAUAUUCGUGCUAAAAUUGACAUUUUAACCACAUUUAGAAAAAACGAUGAGAAAGCUGAAAACUUUGUAACGUUCAAAACCAUGAUGUCAUACGAAAAGGAUUCUGGGUUACUAAAAGAUUCGAAAUAUGUAUCAGGAAGUCGUACUCUAUUACGUUUGCAUCGAGGUCUAGAAUUCGUCUAUGAAUUCCUGCUCAAAUUGGCUGAACUGGCGGAAAACGAUAAGGUACAUCAAACAUGUAAGACGGCAUAUGAAAAUACAUUGGCCAAACAUCAUCCAUGGGUUGUACGAAAGGGGGCACUGGUCGCCAUGUAUGCAUUACCCACUCAAGGAGAACUAUUGAAACGUGUCUGCACUAACGUCCCACGCGCCAUAGAAAUACUGCCAGAAAUGUUGAAAAAUACCAAGAUUGUAUACGAUCGUACCCAUGCAUUAUACACCCUCUAUGAUUUGCAUGCAUUGCCUUAAAUACUCAUGUAGCCACAUGGUGCUCCAUAUACAAAAAAUCCUAUUUUAAGCUAGUUUCAACUUGAAUCUAUACUGUUUUAAUUAGUUAAAUGAUGUGCUGCUGCUAUAUUGUUUUAAUUUAUGUUUUUCGUAAUUAAGCGCUGGUAUUUCUUUUACAUAAAAACAUUCCUUUACCUUCAGAGAAAGUAUGCCUUAAAAUAUAUAUAUAUGCCUAGUUUCCUAUACUAUAA